AUGAAUGGCAUACGAUAUUCUUACUUACAAAAGCAGAAGGUGUUGAACAACGCCGUGAAAACUACAGCUUCAUAUAAGAUUGAGUAUCAGCGGCUAGCAGCACCGUAUUCUUCAAACUGUUUGGAAAGCAAUGUAGAAACGUUAUUCAGCAAAACAUUUCCAAACAUUAAGUAUAGCCAGCAGGCCUGCUUUAAAAGCUGUCUAUAUUAUAAAACAUUCGACGUUUGUGGAUGCUAUAUUCCUAAGUACACUUUCAAUCCCGAGACAAAUCCUGUUUGUACCAUUGCCAAUAAAACGCUAGACAACUGUAUGCAUGAAUUAGAAAGGUUGAUUACAACAGGCAAUGUUACCUGCAAUUGUGGGCCAGCUUGCAAGUAAGUGUACGUGCG